AUGAAAUCCUCUUUGCUUUUGACUUUGCUAUCCUUUAUCGGAGCCUCUUUUGCUUCUGACGGCCAGUCCUGCACUCCUCCGCAGCCGCAACGACAAGAUGGCAUCGUGUAUCAAUUCGAAAACGGCACUUGGGUCGAGAACAUUGCCGUCCGGGCAAACGGAAACCUUCUUGUCACCCUCAUUGAUAGGCCGGAACUGUACGAAAUCAACCCAUUCGAGCGACCAACUUCUGCGAAGCUCGUCUACCGCUUCUCGGAAUACGUCUGUCUACUCGGUGUCAUUGAAGUUGCGCCAGAGGUUUUUACCGUUGUUGCAGGCAACUUUACCCGGCAAACAGGGCCGGAGCCAGGGACCUGGGCAAUCUGGAAAGCGGACUUUGGCGGUGGUGCGGAGGAGGAAGCGAAGGUUUCAAAGGUGGCGGAUAUCACCGAAGCAGUCUUCCUCGACGGCAUGGUAACGCUCGAUGCUGAAGCCGGCACAGUCCUUGUCGGCGACGCUGCAGAGGGUGUUAUUUUCCGCCUCAACACGAACACUGGCGAGUACGCCCUGGUGCAGAGAGACGAAUCGUUCAGACCUCCUGUAGAUGCAGCUCUGCCCGUUGGGCUCAACGGUAUACGGAUUUCGGAAAAUUAUCUUUACUACGUCAAUACCUUUAACCCGCUCUACGGCCGUGUGCCCAUCGACAACGUUACCGGAGAAGCCACUGGGCCGUAUGAGCGUAUCAGUACGGGCGUCCCCGCUGACGACUUUGCUCUGGAUGCGAACAAGACGGCGUAUGUUGCAGGUGGCAUAGCCAACGUCGUCACCAAGAUUGAAUUGAACGGCGAGAGCACAGUCAUUGCUGGCAAUCUCAAUUCGUCCUUUGUCGCCGCGGGUACGGCGACUGUGUUUGGUCGAACCAGAAAGGAUGAGCAUGUUCUCUAUGUGACAACAGGUGGGGCGUCAGAAGCACCGGUUAAUGGCACCUUUUCGGAGGGAGGCAAAAUCGUUGCGCUAGCUGUCUAA